AUGCAUUUGCAUUAUGUGUAUGGUAAAGUUCAACUGGGCCCUAAUGGCGAGUUUGUAGAAUACGAGAAACUGCUCGAAUUACUGUACGCAAAUUUGCACGAGAAGGAUUUCAAUUCAACCAUCCCAGAGCUCAUCGUCUCAGCGGUAGAAGAAGAUGUGGGCAUAUCGUUUCGACCGAGUACAGGGCAGGAGAAUCGUGAGCGUACCAGGGCCCAGUAUCAGGUGAUGACGGAGAUCGAAGUUGUACUCAUGCGUAAUCCCGAUCUCACGCUGGACAGGCUCAAGGUUGCUACCACAAAGAAGUAUCAGGUGAUGACGGAGAUUGAAGUUGUACUCAUGCGUAAUCCCGAUCUCACGUUGGACAGGCUCAAGGUUGCUACCACAAAGAAGGUACAUUUAAUUCUCAUUUAUUCAUACAAAUUUUAGAA